AUGGCUGAUAGCAUUGUUAGUUUUGUGGUGGAUAACUUGUCUCGGCUUGUGGCACACGAAGCCAAUUUGCUAUGUGGUGUGGAUGACAAAGUGAGGUCCCUUGAGAGUGAGCUCAGAAUAAUGAGCGCCUUCCUUAAGAGCUACAACCAAAACCAGCGCAAGAAGGAGAUUGAACAAGAAAUUAUUCGUCAAAUCACAGACAUCGCACAUGAAGCUGAGAUGUCAUCGACACUUUUGUUGCCAAAGUUGCCUGAGAAAAUAGACAACAUUAAAGCCCGUAUCAAGGAGAUUCAUGAGGAUAAAAUCAAGUAUGACACCCAAGAAGCAGCCGGAUCUUCAACAGAUCAGGAGUCACAGCUGCUGCACAAGCAAAGAAGGGACGUGGAGGAAGAUGAUGUGGUGGGUUUUCAGCAUGACACAACUGAAGUCAUCAAUCUCCUAGAGCAAGGGGGUCCGCGUCACAAUGUGGUGUCCAUCAUAGGUAUGGGCGGAUUGGGUAAAACUACCGCUUGCAAGAUUUAUAACAGUGAUCAUGUCAAGAAUCACUUUGAUUGUCACGCUUGGGUUUAUGUGUCUAAUGACUAUAGACCUAGAGAGCUUUUACACGCCCUUCUUAGACGCUUGAUGUCAAUCUCUGCAAAGGCAUGUUAUGACAAUAACAAUACAAGUAAUUUGAGUGAGGAAGAAUUGAGAGACAAGGUACGAGACUAUUUGAAAGAAAAGAGGUAUUUUGUAGUAUUGGACGAUAUAUGGAAACCUCAACAUUGGGAUGACCUACAAUAUGCUUUUCCGAAUGAUAAUAAAAGCAGCAGGAUCCUGAUCACUAGUCGUGUGAAAGACGUGGCUUCUCAUGCCAGCUCAUCUCCUCCCUAUUAUCUCCCUUUUCUUAGUGAAGAAGAAAGUUGGGAGCUUUUUUCAAAGAGGGUGUUUCGAAGAGAGUGUGUUCCUUCUAAUCUCGAGCUACUCAGUAAGCGUAUGGUAAAAAGUUGUCAUGGCUUACAAAUAUCUAUUGUGGUCCUUGCAGGAAUUCUAGCAAACAAGGAAAAGUCAUGCCGAGACUGGUCCAAGAUUAUGGACCAUGUCAACACGCUUCUCGCUAAAACAGGAACACCUGUACAAGAUAUAGUAUUGAAACUUAGUUAUGAUAGCUUGCCUCCAAGAUUGAAGCAGUGCUUUCUAUAUUUUGGUAUGUUCCCUGAAGACCACGAGAUUCUUGCUAGAAGCUUGAUCCAACUAUGGGUUGCUGAAGGAUUCAUUCCUCAUGGUGAUUCCAGAAUUACAGAGGAUGUUGCUGAGGACUACUUAGAUGAGCUCAUUGAUCGUAGUUUAAUCCAAGUAGGGAGAAGGAGAAGUGAUGGGAGUAUCAAGACGUGUCGGAUCCAUGAUAUUUUGAGAGAACUUUGCAAAUCUGAGAGUAUGGAGGAGAAGCUUUUUGAAGUUUGUACGGUUGCAGACAUGUCAGCGCGAAGCAAACCUCGUAGGCUAUCUAUUCAAUAUACUAUCGGAGAUUAUUUUGCUUCAAGCAACAGAGACCAUUCAGGUACUCGUACGUUGCUCUGCUUUGACCCUAACUCCGACUGGUACCUCGAUUUCGAUUCAAGCAAUUCAAAAGAGCUUGUGAAACAGUUUCAACUUGUUCGAGUGUUGGGUCUGAAACGUGACAUCUCGUGCAAGUUCCUUGCCAAUUUAAACAUGUUGAUGCAUCUAAGGUACUUAAAAAUAGACAUAGACCCCUAUGCCUUUUCUAGUGGAGGUUCUCUAGGACCGAUUCCUGUAUUCAUAUGCAAUCUUUGGAAUCUAGAAACUUUGCACCUGGGGCCUUAUGGAAUAGAUUAUUGGAACUGGAAGCUGCUCCUUUUCAUUGGAAUUUGGAAGCUCAAGAGACUGAGGCAUCUUUAUGCCCCUGUACCUAUGAUUUUACCAGAGUUUCCAGAUGUAAAAAGCCCAAGCCAAAGCCAAACCCUGUGGAAUCUACUGACUCUAUCUCCUAUUGCCAUUAACAAAAAGUCAGCUAUUAUGUCUCUAAUAGGGAAAGGAGUAUUCCCAAAACUUAGGAGUUUGAGUUUGCAUGUUCGUGAGGAUGACAUGCAUAAUCAAGGGGCUGGCCAAGUGUGGGAAAACCUUCCAAACCUAAAUUAUCUGAAUACAUUGAAGAUCCAUCGCUUUCCUGAUAUUCCAUCAUCUGUCAAUCCCUUUCCUUCUAGCCUUACCAAGCUAAGAAUCUCAACCACCAAAUUAAACAGUGAUGUCAUGAGCAUUUUGGGAAGUCUUGCGAAUCUCACAAGUUUGAAACUACAUCACUGUGCGGUUGCAAAUCGGUCUGAGCCGGAGUUGCGUUGCAUUAAUGGGUUCCCCCGACUAGAGGUAUUUCAAAUGAUAUGUUUCCGUGACCUCAAUCGCUGGGAAUUAGGUAGUAAUGUCAUGCCAUGUCUCAGAUGUUUGAUCAUUCACCAAUGCGAGGUGUUGGCUACUCUCCCUGACCAGCUCUGGUCCCUGGCUUCCUUACGGGAGGUACGAGUGAGCGUGAUCUCUACAUCAUUGAGGAUGCAACUCCAAAGUCGACCUAUGAGAGAUGGGUGUAAUCUCUCCAUCAAUUAG